UAAUAGAUCGCCGAUCCGCAAGAGGGACCGGUCUGAGAAUUGCCGGGUCUGGGGUAAAGGAUGGGGAAUGAGGGGUAUAUACGACCAGAACAGCUUGAUUCCUUGCUAGAACAACCUCCAGAUUCACCACCAUGGCAUCUCAUCCUGUCGUUGAAUUUACGUCCGAGUCAUCAUGGGCAAUGGUGCGUUGAGGACAAGUUCUCACCCUUCGCGAAGGAGACCUUGGCGAAGCUUGUGACGUUCAUGAAGGAUGACAUCCUCCCCGCUGUCAGGCUUGCGCAUUCGCAAGUCCCUGAAGACUCAGUGAAGAGGUGGAAGACGGUGAUCCCCAUCGUUGCGGAACUCAAGGUUAAAGCUCGCAAGCUUGGCUUGUGGAACCUCUUCUUGAGCAAGGCGCACUAUCCGAAGCACGGUGUACCGUUGUCCAACCUCGAGUAUGCUGUAAUGGCUGAGGUCCUCGGCCGCGGUGGCCCCAUUGCAUCCGAAGCAGUCAACUGUUCUGCUCCCGACACUGGAAAUAUGGAGGUUCUGGCAAGGUACGGAUCGCCUGAGCAGCAGGAGAAAUGGUUAUUGCCCCUUUUGAAUGGCCAAACUCGCUCUGCAUUUGCCAUGACUGAGAGAUUUGUUGCUUCGUCCGAUGCUACCAAUAUCCGUACGUCCAUUCGUCAAGAGGGCAACGAAAUUGUCAUUAAUGGGCACAAAUGGUGGAUCAGUGGUGCUGGUGACCCUCGAUGUGCUCUGCAUCUAGUGCUUGGCAAGAGCGACCCAAACAACUCGGAUCGUUAUCAACAGCAGAGUAUCGUUAUCGUGCCAGUGACUACCCCUGGAGUCAAGGUCAUCCGACCUAUGAAAGUCUUUGGUUAUGAUGAUGCUCCAGAAGGUCAUUGUGAGAUCAUCUACGAGAACGUUCGGGUUCCUCUAAGCAAUUUAGUGCUCGGAUGGGGCAAGGGGUUCGAGAUUAUUCAAGGCCGUCUUGGGCCCGGUCGUAUUCAUCAUUGUAUGCGAUCCAUAGGCGCUGCUGCGCAGGCUUUGGACUUGAUGAUCCAGCGUGUAACGGAUCCCUCCCGUAAGACAUUUGGAAAGUAUCUCUAUGAACACGGGACUGUGAUUGCUGACAUUGCCAAGUCGAGAGCCGAAAUCGAAAGUGCACGACUCCUUGUCCUCAGCGCUGCUCUCCAGAUUGACAAGUUCCAAGCCAAGGGUGCUAUGAAAGAGAUCGGUAUCGCCAAGUUUGUGGUACCAUCGAUGGCACUUCAAGUUGUGGACCGUGCAAUUCAGUCCUUCGGGGCUGAAGGUAUCAGUCAGGACCAGGAACUCGCUGGGACAUGGGCAGGCUUACGCACGUUGCGCUUGGCAGAUGGACCCGAUGCUGUCCAUAUUCAGCAAAUUGGACAGAGGGAGUUGAAACGAGCCCCUGCUCUCGCCAAGCGCACUGUGGAGAUCAAGCAAAAGGAAAAGCUCCUGCUCGAGAGGUAUGGCGCGAAAUCUCCUCUGUAAAUUUUAUAUUGUGUGUACUGUAUAUGCCCGGACGGCCUUUUUGGAUAUGUAACGCUCAACACUGGUUGUGUAACUUUUUUCGACCAAUGUCUUGUUCGAUGGAAACCAUACGUUCUGAGCAUCCAACGGGUUUCUUGCGGCACCCCUAGCUAGUAUUUAAAAGACCUGAAGGGAUAAAAAUAAUAAAAAGAAGGAAGCCUUGAAAGGCCGGUAGGAAAUUGGGGGGGUCAUAAAUCGCCAGACGUUAUAAAUGCUCCAUUCCCUGCUGCUCGGAUCGGAUGCUCAUAUAGGUUUG